AUGGAUAUAUGCGGUCAUGCAACAUUAGCAUCAGCUCACAGUAUCUUCUCAAAUGAUUUGGUUGGUUCCUCUGACACGGUCGAGUUCUCUACACACUCAGGGAUUCUAACUGCUAAACGGUUAUAUGACUGUGAAGCAGAAAGAUCUUUCUUGAUCCAAGUAAAUUUCCCUGUGAUUCCUACAUGUGAGUACAGCUCCAACUCCAGUGAGGUCUCCAUAUUCUCUAAAGCCUUGAACGGAGCUACCAUUGUUGACAUCAGAGGAACAAGAACAGAUAAACUCGUCUUUAAACCCUUGAAAGGAGAUCUCAAACACACUUCAACUGAUCAAAUUAUUGUUGUGCUUCAAUCUUGGGAAUAUGUUACUGAACUGAAGCCAAGAUCGGAGGAUAUCAUGAAAUGCCCCGGCAAUGUGAUGAUUGUGACUGCUGCUACUCCUGAAGGCUCUGCUUAUGAUUUCUGCAGUCGACUCUUUGCUCCUAAAUUAGGACUCAAUGAGGACUCUGUAUGUGGAAGUGCACAUUGUUCAUUAGCACAUUACUGGAGCCUCAAGAUGAACAAAUCUGAUUUCCUCGCUUACGCGGCUUCAAGUAGGAGUGGAACACUCAAGGUACAUUAUGAUAAGGAGAAGCAGAGAGUUUUUCUCACUGGCAAAGCUGUGACUGUCAUGGAAGGCUCUGUCUUAGCAUAA